AAUCCGGAGUGAGCCGAGAGCGGGCAGAGCGAGCAGGAUGACAUUUCCCCUCGAGCUCCCCGCUGCCCAGAAGCAGGACCCUCGCUGAGUCCCACCUCCCGAAGGAGCGGAGACCGCCGGGACAGCCGCCCGCAGCGCCAAGUAACAUGUCUUUGCUCUGCGUUGGAGUUAAAAAAGCUAAGUUUGACGGAGCGCAAGAGAAAUUCAACACAUACGUGACCCUGAAGGUGCAAAAUGUCAAGAGCACAACUAUCGCAGUGCGGGGGAACCUGCCAUGCUGGGAGCAGGAUUUCAUGUUUGAAAUUAAUCGCUUGGACCUGGGCCUGACGGUGGAAGUUUGGAACAAGGGACUCAUCUGGGACACUAUGGUGGGCACGGUGUGGAUUCCACUCAGGACCAUCCGCCAGUCGAAUGAGGAAGGUCCUGGGGAGUGGCUCACCCUCGAUUCCCAGGUCAUCAUGACUGACAAUGAGAUCUGUGGCACCAAAGAUCCGACCUUCCACCGCAUUCUCCUGGACACCCGUUUUGAGCUGCCCCUGGACAUCCCUGAGGAGGAGGCUCGAUACUGGGCCAAAAAGCUGGAGCAGCUCAAUGCCAUGCGGGACCAAGAUGAAUACUCAUUCCAAGAGGAGCAGGACAAGCCACUACCCGUUCCUGGCUCUCAGUGCUGCAACUGGAAUUAUUUUGGCUGGGGAGAGCAGCAGAAUGAGGAUCCCGACAGCGCCGUGGAUGAUCGAGACAGUGAUUAUCGCAGCGAGACUAGCAACAGUAUCCCACCCCCCUACUACACCACUUCCCAGCCCAAUGCCUCUGUCCACCAGUAUCCCAUGAGGCACCAGCAGAGCUCCCGGGAUUCCUACACCGAUUCCAUGCAGAGUUAUGAGAUGGACUUCUCCGACCAGCGGCCCAUCAGAUGCUACAGUAGCGUAGACUCUGCCCCAAAUGGGCGCAGCGACGCCGAGUCCGCGUCGGGCUCGAGCCGGCAUACCGGCCGCCAGUACUCCUUAGACCUAUCGGAUAGCCCAACUGGCAGCAGCCGCUAUGCCUCUUCUGGGGAGCUGAGUCAGGGCAGCUCCCAGCUGAGCGACGACUUUGACCAGGACAAUGAGAGUCUGCAGGGCUCAGAGAUUGAAGAAGAGCGUGAUGGAGACUCCUACCACUCCUGCCACAGCUCUGUCAGCUACCGCAAGGACUCACCCCGCUGGGAUCGGGAGGAAGAUGACGAAGAGGAGGACCUUACCCGUGAGGGCUACAGUGAGAAUGAGGAAGAUUACCCCAAGGAGGAGGAGGAAGAGGAGGAUGAGGAGGAAACCCCUGGGAAAGAGCCCUACCCUCCUCCAACCCCUGCUCCGGCUGAGCUAGGAGAGAAGCCUCCAGCCAUCCCCACUGGAGCUCCUGAGGGACCCAAGGUGUUGCCAGAGCCAGUGGUGACAGAGGAGACCCCAAAAUCUGAGCGGACCCCUGAACCAGCGGCCCCUAAGCCAGAGGAGAGUUACAGGGCUGGGGAGGAUGAGGAGGGCCAGGAUUCCAUGUCACGAGCCAAAGCCAACUGGUUGAGGGUGUUCAACAAAGUGCGGCUGCAGCUCCAGGAGGCCCGAGGAGAAGGUGAAAUGACCAAAUCCCUCUGGUUUAAAGGCGGGCCAGGAGGCGGUCUCAUCAUCAUAGACAGCAUGCCCGACAUUCGCAAGAGAAAACCCAUCCCCCUAGUUAGCGAUCUGGCCAUGUCUCUGGUUCAGUCCCGGAAAGCUGGCAUCACGUCGGCCCUCACCUCCAGCACCUUAAACAACGAAGAGCUAAAAAACCAUGUUUACAAGAAGACGCUUCAAGCCUUAAUCUACCCUAUCUCCUGCACCACGCCUCACAACUUCGAGGUGUGGACGGCCACCACGCCCACCUACUGCUACGAGUGCGAGGGGCUGCUGUGGGGCAUCGCCCGUCAGGGCAUGCGCUGCACCGAGUGUGGGGUCAAGUGCCACGAGAAGUGCCAGGACCUGCUCAACGCCGACUGUCUGCAGAGAGCGGCAGAGAAGAGUUCCAAACAUGGGGCGGAGGACCGGACCCAGAAUAUCAUCAUGGUGCUGAAGGACCGAAUGAAGAUCCGAGAACGCAACAAGCCUGAGAUCUUUGAGCUGAUUCAGGAGAUCUUUGCUGUCUCCAAGACGACCCACACGCAACAGAUGAAGGCCGUAAAGCAAAGCGUCCUGGAUGGCACUUCCAAAUGGUCAGCCAAGAUCAGCAUCACGGUGGUCUGUGCCCAAGGUUUGCAGGCAAAGGAUAAAACAGGCUCCAGCGAUCCCUAUGUCACUGUCCAGGUUGGCAAGACGAAGAAACGGACUAAAACCAUCUAUGGGAACCUCAACCCAGUGUGGGAGGAGAACUUCCACUUCGAGUGCCACAACUCAUCAGAUCGCAUCAAGGUGCGCGUGUGGGACGAGGAUGAUGACAUCAAGUCCCGGGUGAAGCAACGUUUCAAGCGUGAGUCGGAUGACUUCCUGGGCCAAACCAUCAUCGAGGUGCGCACCCUGAGCGGCGAGAUGGACGUCUGGUACAAUCUGGAUAAGCGGACUGACAAGUCAGCCGUGUCUGGGGCCAUCCGGUUGCAUAUCAGUGUGGAGAUCAAGGGUGAGGAGAAGGUGGCACCAUAUCACGUCCAGUACACGUGUCUACAUGAGAACCUGUUCCACUUUGUGACGGAUAUGCAAAACAAUGGAGUGGUGAAAAUCCCAGAUGCCAAGGGUGAUGAUGCCUGGAAGGUCUACUACGAUGAAACAGCGCAGGAGAUCGUGGACGAGUUCGCUAUGCGCUAUGGCGUCGAGUCCAUCUACCAGGCCAUGACCCACUUCGCCUGCCUCUCCUCCAAAUACAUGUGUCCCGGGGUGCCGGCUGUCAUGAGCACCCUGCUGGCUAAUAUCAACGCCUAUUAUGCCCAUACCACAGCCUCCACCAAUGUCUCUGCCUCCGACCGUUUUGCUGCCUCCAACUUUGGGAAAGAGCGGUUUGUGAAACUUCUGGAUCAGCUGCACAAUUCCCUGCGGAUUGACCUAUCCAUGUACCGAAAUAACUUCCCUGCCAGCAGUCCUGAGCGGCUCCAGGACCUGAAGUCAACAGUGGAUCUUCUCACCAGCAUCACUUUCUUCCGGAUGAAGGUGCAGGAGCUGCAGAGCCCACCCCGUGCCAGCCAGGUGGUGAAGGACUGCGUCAAGGCCUGUCUCAACUCGACCUACGAGUACAUCUUCAAUAACUGCCAUGAGCUGUACAGCCGCGAGUACCAGACCGACCCCGCCAAGAAGGGAGAAGUCCCCCCUGAGGAACAGGGGCCCAGCAUCAAGAACCUCGAUUUUUGGUCCAAACUCAUCACUCUCAUCGUCUCCAUUAUUGAAGAAGACAAGAAUUCUUACACCCCCUGCCUCAACCAAUUUCCCCAGGAGCUGAAUGUGGGCAAGAUCAGUGCUGAGGUGAUGUGGAACCUGUUUGCUCAAGAUAUGAAAUAUGCGAUGGAAGAGCACGACAAGCACCGACUGUGUAAGAGUGCCGACUAUAUGAACCUGCACUUCAAGGUCAAGUGGUUGUACAACGAGUAUGUGGCAGACCUACCUGCUUUCAAGGACCGUGUGCCCGAAUACCCUGCGUGGUUUGAGCCAUUUGUGAUCCAGUGGCUGGAUGAGAAUGAGGAGGUCUCCCGGGAUUUCCUCCACGGAGCGCUGGAACGGGACAAGAAGGACGGGUUCCAGCAGACCUCGGAGCACGCCCUCUUCUCCUGCUCCGUGGUGGACGUCUUCUCCCAGCUCAACCAGAGCUUCGAGAUCAUCAAGAAGCUGGAGUGCCCUGACCCCCAGAUUGUCGGCCACUACAUGCGCAGAUUUGCCAAGACCAUCAGCAACGUGCUGCUUCAGUAUGCUGACAUCAUCUCCAAAGAUUUUGCCUCCUACUGUUCGAAAGAAAAGGAGAAAGUGCCCUGCAUCCUCAUGAAUAACACUCAGCAGCUCCGGGUGCAGUUGGAAAAGAUGUUUGAGGCCAUGGGGGGAAAGGAGCUGGAUGCUGAGGCCAGCGACAUCCUGAAGGAGCUGCAGGUGAAACUAAACAACGUCCUGGAUGAGCUCAGCAGAGUCUUUGCCACCAGCUUCCAGCCACACAUCGAGGAGUGCGUGAAGCAGAUGGGAGAUAUCCUGAGCCAGGUAAAGGGCACAGGUAAUGUGCCAGCCAGUGCCUGCAGCAGCGUCGCCCAGGAUGCAGACAAUGUCUUACAGCCCAUCAUGGACCUGUUGGACAGCAACCUGACCCUGUUUGCCAAAAUCUGCGAGAAGACAGUCCUGAAGCGGGUGCUGAAGGAGCUCUGGAAGCUGGUGAUGAACACUAUGGAGAAGACCAUUGUCCUCCCACCACUUACUGACCAGACGAUGAUUGGAACGCUCUUGAGAAAACAUGGCAAGGGAUUAGAGAAGGGCAGGGUGAAGCUUCCCAGCCACUCAGACGGCACACAGAUGAUCUUCAAUGCAGCCAAGGAACUGGGGCAGCUCUCCAAGCUUAAGGACCACAUGGUGAGGGAAGAAGCCAAGAGCCUGACCCCCAAGCAGUGUGCCGUGGUAGAGCUGGCUCUGGACACAAUCAAGCAAUAUUUCCAUGCAGGAGGGGUUGGGCUGAAGAAAACCUUCCUAGAGAAGAGUCCAGACCUGCAGUCCCUGCGCUACGCUCUGUCCCUCUACACUCAGGCCACUGACCUGCUCAUCAAAACCUUCGUUCAGACUCAGUCCUCUCAGGGAUCAGGUGUGGACGACCCCGUCGGAGAGGUGUCUGUGCAUGUGGAGCUCUUCACUCAUCCAGGCACAGGAGAGCACAAGGUCUCCGGGAAAGUGGUGGCUGCGAACGACCUGAAAUGGCAGACAUCUGGCAUCUUCCGUCCCUUCAUCGAGGUCAACAUCAUUGGGCCCCAGCUCAGCGACAAGAAGAGGAAAUUUGCUACCAAGUCCAAAAACAACAGCUGGGCCCCCAAGUACAACGAGAACUUCCAAUUCACCCUGAGCAGCGAGACAGGUCCCGAAUGCUACGAGCUGCAGGUGUGCGUCAAGGACUACUGCUUCGCCCGGGAAGACCGCACUGUGGGCAUCGCCGUGCUGCAGCUGAAGGACAUGAUGCAGCGGGGGAGCUGCGCCUGCUGGCUGCCCCUGGGUCGCCGCGUGCACAUGGAUGACACGGGUCUCACGGUGCUGCGCAUCCUGUCCCAGCGCAACAACGACGAAGUGGCCAAGGAAUUCGUCAAGCUCAAGUCCGACACCCGCUCAGCGGAAGAGGGCGGCGCCCCACCUGCCACCUAAGGAGCUCUGGAAGGGGAGGGGGGGACACGGGGGCCACCCUCCCUCUGACACCGCCCCACCCACUCUCUCGUACCCACCCAAAAGCCAUACAGGUUGUCCCUAAUGAGAGCUCACCACCCGCACCCCGGCUACCUCCCAGGAAGGAGCCCUGGGGCCUGCCUGGCUCCGGGCCCCUUCCCCCUCCGUGGCCGGUCCCAGGAGGAGAUGGGCCAUAUGGGAGGAAGAGCCAGCCCCGAGGCCCUGGGGGAGAAAAGUGAGCAGCACCGGGUGUGAGUCCCAGGGAAGAGAAGGGGUAGGAGAGGCGAGGGCUCAGAGGCUGGGCCUUUGCUAUGCAGGGGCCCUCGACCUCUACCUUCCCCAUCGGUCAGCUCCUCCCCUCCUCCUUCCCACCCCCACCCCUCCGAGAGGGCUCCUUGGGCAGGCCACUCGAGGACCCCCAAAGUAUCGCGAUGAAAAGCACACACUUCCAGAGUCUGUUCCGCACAAGGAGCAAGGAGCAAGGAGCUCCUCUCUGGAGCAUAAGAGCAGGGAACUGGGAGCCAGCACCACCAUCCUGACUGAGGGCCAGCGCACCUGCUGCCUGCCUGUCUGCCUGCCUGCCUGCCUGCCUGUCUGUCUGUCUGUCUGUCUGCCUGCCUGUCAAAGCCCAGGGCCCUCCCUGGUCCUUCUGCCGCCUCCCACAAUGUCCCGUGCUGGGGGCAGGACUGCUCUGGUCCCGGAGAUCGAGCCCAGGGAAACGGGCGGAGAUUUACCAAAUGAUGGACUCUCCCGCCCCCAACCCGGUCCCCUUCUCUCCUGGCCCCUGGGUGAAAGCACGGAGGAUGGGGCCCCCGCCCCAGGCUGGCUGACAGGGGCGUGGUGGCAGCCCAGCAGACUGACCCUGGCUUAGGUGGCACCCCUCAAGCCCUCCCUGGGGUCUCUGCAGCCGGGGGACGAGGGCAGGGCCUAUUAGCUCUAGAUGCCGAUCGGCCCCUCACCCCAACCCAGGACUCAGCGAGGGCAAAGGGCUGGACCUCAGACCUCAGAGCUCUGUUGUUGUUGCUGCUGCUGCUCUCCUUCCUCCUAACCCCCUGCAAUCAAGUUCCCAGGCGGGCCCUUAGCCUCUCCGCCCUCCUGUCCCCAGGCCCAGCGGCUGGAGAGCCAGUGCAGAACAGGGAGUGGUUCGCUGGCAAGAAGGGCUUUUUCAUUGACGUGCCAGGGGCCGGGGCCGGGCCUAAGGGCCCUCCUCAACUCCCUUCCUCGCCCGUUCAUUCCCCUCGCCUUCUGGGCACCGCCCUUCCCACCCUACUUCAGCCCCUUCCCUGGAACUCGGACUCUGAAACUGAUGGUGGCUGACAUUUCCUCACUGCCACCCACUACGGUGCAGAGAGUGCACCUCCCCCACCUGACUCCCACUGGCCUCCUGCUCCCGGACCAAGGCCGGUUAAGCCAUGGAAGAUUUUUUUUUUAAUCCCGCCCACUGAGCAGCAUGACCCUAACUGGCAUAUUUUCAUUUCCGUGACCUUGCGCCAAGGGAGGAAGCUUCCUCCCCUCCUGCCCUUGGCCCCAGCUCCGCCUUUUCCCCCUUCUGCCAGGGACUGCAUUCUGGAGGCCUGUGAAAAUACACAGGGAAGCGGAACUGCACUAAUAAGCCUCUGCUGUCCUCCCUGUCCCAAGUGUUUGUGACCAAUCAGUGCAUGAAGCUGUCUGACCUCUUCUCCACUACUAGAGAGAUUGAGGGGGUGUGCGUGCGUGUGUGCGUGCGUGCACGCAUGUGUGUGUGUGUAUUUGUUUUGUGUCUGUGUUGGAGGGGAGCACAGAGGGGCUGGGGGAGGAGGGAAGGGACGCGGUGGCAGACUUUCAGACCCCGAGAAGGUAAUAAUGCUGAUGGCAUUUAUUAAGCGCUUUACUAUGUGCAAAGCACUGUUCUAAAGGUAGCCUGGGAGAAUGGGGCAGAUGGAGAGACUGAAGGCGAGAGAGGAAGGAACCCCAAGGUGCUCACUGGGGAUUCCAGCCCAACUCCAGGCCAUUCUGGGAGUUGGAAAACAAGUUAAGUUCAGACCACCGUGAGACAUGGUUAUAAUCCAUAAUGGGGAAAGGGGCCAGGGAUGUCAGAAUGAGGGGACACCACCAUGGGAUUGCCGAUAGACUCUGCUUUCCCUUCCAUGACUGGGGGGUUGGGGGGAGGGGGCAGAGAGAAAGACGUGAGAUGGGAAGAGCAGAAAAUGAGCACUGAAGGAAAAAACCUGUCUGAUUGAGUUAAGGUACCUGAAGGGGGGGUAGGAAAAAGCCUCUAAGUCCUGUCCCAUCCCCCUCACCAAUACUUACAGGGUGGGCUUCCGCCUCUGCCAGACAGCUCGGGGUGGGAGGAAGGUAGAAGGAAAGAGGAGAAACAUGAAGUUAGACUCCCUUUCCCCCAUCUCCUCCUGGCCACUUUUCCUUCAACUCAGCCAGGUUCAGUCUUUCCCGCCUCUCCUGACCAGAUCCAUCUCUCCUGGCCACUGGCCCCCAAACAAACUCAGAGCCCCACUCCUGGAGUGGCGGGGGGGGGGGGGGGAAGAGGGGCUAGAGAAACUGCUCUGUGACAGGAACAUGGGGAAGAAGAAAGUCAGCUUAGCCAGGGAGAGCCGAGGAGGCGGGUGGAGGCCAGGGGCCCAAAAUCAUGGAGAUGGGAGGAGGAAAGGGCAAGAUGAAGGCAAUACCAAAGGAAAGAGAGAUCAGAGGUCUGUACAAAGGGGCAGUCCAGAUCUUAUUCCCAAGUCUGAAAAGCAGGGCAGGGAGGAUGGCUGGGAUCAAUUACAAGAGGAGAGGGAAGAGGCUCUAGAGCAACUGACUGCUUCAGAGAGGAAAGGCCAUGUUGAAGCACAGGAAUCUGGAGAAGAGAGGCCAUUUCUGCUGGGGUUCUGGGUUGGCGGGGAGGGGAGCACACCAGUGGGCACACAUCACUCUUUCUACAGAAACUCCCGCGGGGGCAGAGGGUUGGUAUUUUCACUCAUCUGUCCCCAGAAGGUACAUGAGCCCUUAUCUGCCUGUUAUCGAUUAAGGGGGUGGAGGAGGGGGAAACAGUUUGAAAACAGACUAGCUCGGGGAGAGACCCCCCUCCCCGGGGGCAGGACUGUGGAAAGACAGAAGAGAAGGGAGGGAAGGGAAAAGGGAAAGAAGGAAGGAAGGAAGGACAGGGGAAGGAGCAGGAGUUAAGCUUCAGCUGGUCAACAGCUGGAGAGGGUGGGGCCCAUGAGAGGGGAGCGGCAGGGGGAGGGAGGAGAAGAGCAGCCACUGCCUGAAAUGGAUGGGUGGGUCAGACCCGAGGCUCCCCUCCUACCGUCUGCCCCUGCCCCCAGCCCAACAGGUGCAGAUCUAAGCCCGAUUCCACCCUGCCCCUCAACGGCCAUUCCUUUUUUGAUAAACUUGCCUAGGACCAAAGUGGUAGACACUUAACACCCGGGGUUGUAGUUCAUCUUUUAAAAGAGAAGUUUACUACGUCAGAUCUCCCGUGUCCCCAUGCCCUGGCUUCCCCUCCUUCCACAGGCUAGAAGCAGGGCCUGGUUGGCACCACCUGGAAUCUCUUUCCUGCCCAUCUGUUUCCUCUUUCACCGCCGCAAAUGGCCCAGGCUGGUUCCCCAGUUUGAGCAAAGAAGAUGACGAUUCGUUUCAGGGUAAAAACCCCACCCAUUGUCCACAACUGGCUCCCUCCACCCCAUUCCCUCCCCUUCACCAUCUCCCUUCUACACAACUUCUCCGGCAUGUGAUUGCUAAAAUAAACAGCAUUAAAGCUAGUCUAGCACCUCCAUCAAUGCCGUGUUUCUCUGUAAAUAUCCAAACGAACAGAUGUGUUACGAUGACCAUGAAUGCAUGAUAUGGAGAUGUUUUGCACUAUUUUGACUUUUUGGUCUCUGUAAAAAUAUUUUAUUAACAGACAUUAAAAAAGCACAUCCUCUCUGA